CGCGGCCUGGGCUUCAUCGGGCGCUCGUCGUCGUCGUCGUUGCCGUUGCCGUCCCUCCAUCUCGCCUCGCCCCGCUCCAAGCGCCGCCAUGUCCGCCUCGGGUGCGCUCUUCCCCAACCUGGUGGCCGGCAGCCGCGGCUCCUCCAGCAAGUACCUGGUGGAGUUCCGCGCCGGUAAGAUGUCGCUGAAGGGCUCGACAGUGACUCCGGACAAGCGCAAGGGCCAGGUGUACAUCCAGCAGACGGACGACUCGCUCAUACACUUCUGCUGGAAGGACCGCACCGCCGGCACCGUGGAGGAUGAUCUAAUAAUUUUUCCAGAUGACUGUGAGUUUAAGCGAGUGGCACAAUGUACUACUGGUCGAGUGUACGUGCUGAAAUUCAAGGCAGGAUCCAAACGCCUUUUCUUUUGGAUGCAGGAGCCCAAACCCGAUAAAGAUGAAGAGUUCUGUCGUAAAGUGAAUGAAUAUCUGAACAACCCACCAAUGCCUGGUGCUUUGGGUAGUGGUGGCAGCAGCGGGGGGCAUGAGCUAGCCGCACUUGGAGGAGAAAGUGGUCUGCAAAGUCUUUUGGGUAACAUGAGUCAUAACCAGCUGAUGCAGCUGAUGGGAGCAACUGGUUUAGGUGGACUUGGCAGCCUUGGUGCUCUGGCAGGUCCGGCUGGUCUUGCUGGCCUACUUGGCAGUGGAGGUCCCUCAGCUACUAGUAGUUCUUCAGGGUCACGAAGCCAGUCUGCAGCCAUUGCUCCGUCCUCCACGACCUCCGCAGUCCGUAUGACGUCAGUGCCUUCUGUCGCUGCGGCACUGGCACCAGUACCAUCCCCGAGUGUGGCAUCGCCGGGCGUGCCAGCAGCGGCGGCAGCAGCCGCGGCGCUGACUACACCAGCAGCACCAAACACAGGUUCUACAGGUGGUUCUGGCUCUGCAUCUGGUUCUGCGCCUGUCGCAGCAUCGGGGUCUGUGACAAGCCCAACUCAGCCCAUUCAGCUGCGUGACCUGCAGAGUAUUUUGGCUAGCAUGACUGUUCCUGCUGCAGCAGAAGGGACAGGACAACAGGUGGAUUUAUCUAGUGUAUUGACACCGGAGGUUAUGGCACCUAUCCUGGCAAAUGCAGAGGUUCAAGAACGAUUGUUACCAUACCUUCCAACAGGGGAAUCACUGCCACAGCCUGCAGAAGAAAUUCAGAAUACAAUAACGUCUCCUCAGUUUCAACAGGCAAUGAGCAUGUUCAGUGCAGCCUUGGCCUCGGGACAGUUGGGUCCUUUGAUGAGUCAGUUUGGUUUGCCGGCAGAGGCUGUGGAAGCAGCUGGAAAGGGUGAUGUUGAAGGAUUUGCAAAAGCCAUGCAGCACAGUUCUACAAAGAAACAGUCUGAUGAAAAAGAGGGAGAUAAUGAUUCAAAAGACAAAAAAGAUGAAGAGGAGGAUAUGAGCCUAGACUGAAAACCCUUCAGUUGUUUUGUUUUUUCUUUAAACCCUUCAUAAAAAUGUUAAAGUAUUAUUUGGUGUGCUUAGUUCAAUGAAUAGUAGUGAAUUGUAGUAGUCUUCUAUUAAUCCUGAAACACAAUAUUAAAGGUUCUUUAAAGGACAAGUGAA